AUGAAACUGGCUUUGACUGCUCUUCUGCCGGCUUUUGCAGCCGCAGUAUCUUCCUCCCCUUCUGUCACAAUCGAUGCUGGCAUAGUCCAGGGCGGAAGAUGUGAAGAUGGGCAAAAUGCAGUCUUCUACAAGGCAAUUCCAUUUGCUGAGCCUCCUGUCAAAGAACUACGCUUCGAGCCCCCCAAAGCCUACAAGAAGCAAUUCUCUCAGGGCAAACUGAAUGCAACCACUUCGGCCCCAACCUGCAUCCAAUUCGCGGAUGACUUUACCGAGCAAAAGCUGAACACAUCUGCACUUUCAUCUGAAGACUGCCUUUACUUGGACAUUUGGGCUCCUUCUAAUGCCACUAAAGACUCAAAGCUUCCGGUUAAGGUUUGGGUCUACGGUGGCUCGGAAACAGAAGGCUCCAUCUCGGACCCCCUAUACGAUGGUUGUAACACCGCAGAGGCAGGCUCUAUUCUUGUCACAGUCAACUACAGGCUUGGUCCCCUUGGAUUCAUGGCACUUGAAACUGCCGGAAUCUACGGUAACCAGGGAAUUCAAGACCUCAUUCUGGGAUUAGAGUGGGUUCGCGACAACAUCGCGGCCUUCGGUGGAGACCCGAAAAAGGUGCUUCUUUUUGGCCAAUCAGCCGGUGCUGAGAACGUAUAUAUUAUUGGCUCUCUUCCCAAAGCGCCUUCUUUGAUCAAUGCUAUCAUCUCGGAAUCGGGUGGUGGUAGGAGUCUGGUCUCAAAUUCAACCCAGCAAAAGGUUGGGGCAUCAUUUGCUCAAACACUCAAAUGUGGCUCUAGUGAUAAAGCUUGUCUUCAGUCUAAGACGGUUUCCGACUUGUAUAUCGCGUACCCAGCCGAUACUUUCUUAACUCAGGGAAUCGGAUACUAUGGACCUCUCAGUAUCCUUAGCCAGGGGACACAUAACUUCUAUCCCUAUGUGGACGGCAAUGUCAUCGACGAAGACCCUUACGAGCGCGGAGUACAAGUCCCAGCUAUCUUUGGAUCCACUUCUAAUGAAGCUAUCGUUUAUACUUUACAAUGGGCCGCGGUAUCCCAGCAAAUUCCAACGACAUCAUUAUACAAAGAUUUCCUUCGCAAAAACUUCGGCAAUGCCGCCCCGCUUGUUGGAAAGGCCUACUCGCCAUCUUUGUUCGAAUCGGAGGCCAAAUCCAUCAUUGCAGCUUCCAGUCAGUUUUCUGAGCUCGGUUAUAACACGACCGCGCUCGAAGUACUUUUGGCUAUGACAAAGGUCAUAACCGAUUCCAGCUACAGGUGCUCGGCAUGGUACGGUGCGGCGCAGGCCGCUCGCAGAAACAUCCCCGCAUGGACAUACGAAUUUGCCCACAGUCCGACAUGUGCCUGGCUGUACGGAAUCGAUGAUAGUAAUGUCAGCCUUUUCGGAGGCGCACACACUUCUGAAAUUCCCUUUGUCUUUGGUAAUUUGGACAAUUCGUAUCUUCCCAAUAGGACAUGCAAUUCUACGUCAGCUGAAUGGCAUCUCGGCGCCCAGAUGAUGGACUUAUGGACUGCAAUGGCAGAAAAUGCUGAGCCAUCAACUAAGGAAGUUAAUUGGCCGCAAUUCCAGACCCAAGGGAAGAAUCUUUCGACUCCCGGCUUGAUCUUUGAAAACUCAACUGUGUCCGGUACAAUCGAUUACACCGGAUGUGAUAUCUGGAUUCAAGUCAAUGCGAUGUUGUCAGCAAACAAUGCUACGGCCACAGGGACACCGACUAAGGUCAAUGGCAAUCCGACCUCUUCGCCGUCCACUCUAAGUAAUGGUGCAACGAGCCUUCUGUCUAAGACCGAGGGGUACCUUGCUUUGAGUGCCCUAUUUAUGGCAUUUGCGGCACUUUGA